CUAGCGGAGAAGUUCCUAACGCACUUUGCGGCCAACAGAAGGCAAAGGCUGCCCUACUCCCACCUGCUCAACAUAUGCAUCCUCAAAGGAGAGAAGGUCCGCGACUUGAUAGUCCGGUGGGAGAAGGAGGCUAGGGACGUGCACGGGGCUGAUGACCAAGCUUUGGUGGCCGUGUUCCAAGAGGCCCAUCUCCGCGGGGAAGUGAGGAAGGAGCUCCGCAAGAAUCCUCCCCCCCCCCACGUACCAAGAGACCUUGGCACGCGCUAUGUUCUUGUCCUCGGAGGAGUUCGACGAUGCUCUCGACUCCGAGGCUGCGCCGAUUAAGCGAGCUCCUGCAGAUUCAGGGGAGAUAGCGAAGAAGAGGAGGAAGAAGAAAGACUACACCGCGGGCCCGAGGACGCCCUCGGCCGGAGUGUACUCCGUGGGCGCGCACGUGGGGACGGGUCAAGAGCUUGCCCUCUCCCCGCUCCCUCACGUAGAGGUCUACGCGGUGUCCGGCGGUAGCAAGUAUUGCGAGUAUCAUCGCAACAACACUCAUAACACUAAGGAAUGCUUCACUCUUCAGAAGGAGAUGCAGCGACUCAUCGCCCGAGGGCCGCCUCCACGAGACAAUGGGGCAACCUCCUCCCGGAGGCCGCCGGAAGGAAGAACUUGGAGAAAGCCGACAGAGCCGAUCACAGUAGCGACGCAAGCAAGGAACCCCGAGAAGAGGCAUAUCGGGCGGGAGUGCGAUGACCUAGACGAAGCCGAAGCCCAAGGAUAUCCGGUGGGGUUUAUCCAUGAGGGAAACAUUGGCGGAGACUCCUUCGCCCAAAGGAAGAGGUGGAAGCACAUGGCCUUUGUUGCCAAAGUCCAUCAGGCUCCGACGCCCAAGCUUGGAAGACUAGAACAAAUCCAAUUCACGGAGAAGGAUCUUCCGAACACGCCGAGCCCCCACCGAGACACAUUGGUCAUAAGGAUAGAGAUUAACGAUGCCAUAGUGAACCGCACCUUGGUGGACACGGGAAGCUCAGUCAACAUAAUGUAUGAGAAAACAUUCCAAUACCUCGGCUUGAACCGCAAGGACUUAAGGCCUAUGCGCACUUCUCUCUCCAAAUUCACGGGGGACUCCAUCGAGGCCGAGGGAGUCAUCGCCGUGCCCGUGAUAAUAGGGGAUGGUGCGCACAAGCCCAAGCUGAAGAUGGAGUUCAUGGUUGUAAGCAUCAACUGCGCGCACAACAUGAUUCUGGGACGGCCCGUCCUUGAGGACUUGGAAUGUGUGAUCUCCCUGUACUACUUGUGCAUGAAGUUUCCCACUCCGUCCAGGAUCGGGGUGGCGAGGGGAAACCAGAAGUUAGCUCGAUCGUGCUACGUCCGAAUCACGAAGAAGUUGCCAAGGGAUGAGACGCUGGUCGUGCACGCGCUGGAGGAAAUGCACAAGUUGGAAGCACGACCGAAGGCCGAGCCCGCCGAGGAAGUCGAGGAAGUGCCGCUCGUGGUGGGGGCCGGGGUGUUACAGCUCGACCCGCGGACACCCGAGCGGAAGGUUAAGGUUGGGGCGAGCCUAACAGGGAGCCAGCGGAAACGCUUGGUGGACGUGCUCUCCGCCUACCGCACGAUCUUCGCAUGGGGACCCGGGGAUAUGCCGGGGGUGGACCCCAAGAUCAUAUGUCACCGCCUGGCGGUCAAUCCGGAGUCUAGGCCGGUGAAGAAGAAGAAGCGGUUCCUCUCGUCCGAGCGGAGGGAGUUUGUCUCCAAGGAACACUUGACCGGAAAGUUGGCGACGCUCAGCCAUUUCCUCUCCAAAGUGGCAGAUCGAGCCGCUCCCUUCUUCCAAGCCGUGAAAAAGUCUCGAGGAUUCGUAUGGACGGAAGACUGCCAGCAAUCCUUUGAAUCUCUGAAAUCUUAUCUCCUUUGUCCGCCAGACCUCCCCAAGCCCGAGCCCGGAGAGACCUUGUAUCUUUAUUUGCGAGUGUCGCCCAAGGCACUAAGCUCGGUCCUAGUCCGAGAAAAAGGCGGAGCUCAGCACCUAGUGUACUACACGGUGAAGACACUGAGGGGUGCCGAGCUCAGGUACUCAGUGGCCGAAAAGACGGUCCUAGCCGUAGUGUCAACUGUGCAGCGGUUGACGCCUUACUUCCAAGCUCACCCGGUCCAGGUGCUCUCCCAACAGCCCAUAGGUGCGCUGCUCAGGAGUCUGAACGCGCCCUCUUGCAUGUCCAAGUGGGCGGUGUUCCUUGGAGCCUUCCAGAUCGAGUUCAAGCCAAGGCCGGCGAUCAAGGGACAAGCGUUGGCCGACUUCAUGUGUCGAGCAGAUCCCUCGGGUGGAGAAUGCCGAGGCAGAUUUCUUGCCGAAGCUGAGCUCAAACACGCCCGAGCACAUCAGGCGGAUGGCAAACGUGGAAGAGCUGUCCGAGCCGAGCAUCCAUGCCUUCCCCGUGGCAAUGAUCUGUGCUCGGCCCAGAGAUUGAACGGACGACAUAGUUGCCUUCCUGAAGGAUGGCGCCCUCCCGGACGAUGCAAUAAAGGCCAAGUUGGUCCAGACAAGGGCACCGGGGUAUACAUUGGAAGGCGAGAAGCUAUACAAGCGAGCGUACAACGGGACGCUACUCAGACGAACGAACAGGUCGAGAAUGCCAACUCAACAAUAGUCGACGGGCUGAAGCAGAAGUUGGAGGCCUGCGGAGGGGAGUGGGCAGAGGAUUUGCCUUAUAUCCUAUGGACCUACCGGACUACGCCUAGGAGGGCAACCGGGGAAACCCCCUUCGCCUUGUGCUACGGAUUCGAGGCAAGGGCCCCUGUAGAGAUCUCCAUCGCAACUCACCAGGAGGAGAUCUUCGACCCUGAGCGUAACGAAGAAGCCCUGGCAGCCGAGCUCCAUCUCCUACACGAGAGGCGAGAAGCGGCCUUCAUACGGGCAGAGAAUUACCGAAAAAAGGUGAAGAGCUACCGUGACGGGCAUGUGCACGCACGGGGGUUCAUCGAAGGAGAUUGGGUGCUGCGCAAGAGGUUCGUAAGCCGCCCCCUAGAAGAUGGAAAAUUUGCCAAGAAUUACGAAGGCCCUUACAUCAUCAAAGAAGUGGUAGGCCCCUCGACGUUCCGCCUGCAGACGCCGAGUGGAGGGGAUGUGCCCAGGACUUGGAAUGCCGAGAACUUGGUUAAGGCCAACACUGUCCAAAUGUUUUCCCCGGGCGAAGGUCUAACAAUAUGUGCUCGGCACUCCUCCCCAGAAGAAGAGCCGAGCACAGACCAUACCCGGACGUUUUCCCCUGGUGAAGGUCUAAACAUUCGUGCUCGGCACUCCUCCUCAAGAGAAGAGCCGAGUGCAGACCAUACCCAGACGUUCUUUCCAGAUGAAGGUCACAUUCGUGCUCGGCACUCCUCCUCAGGAGAAGAGCUGAGCGUAGACCAUACUCAGACGUUCUUCCCGGAUGAAGGUCAAACAUCCGUGCUCGGCACUCCUCCUCGGGAGAAGAGCCAAGCGCAGACCAUACCCGGACGUUUUUCCCGGAUGAAGGUCACAUUCGUGCUCGGCACUCCUCCUCAGGAGAAGAUCCGAGCAUAGACCACAUCCAUACUCCUCCUCAGGAGAAGCCGAGCGCAGACCAUACCCGG